AUGAAUUCUUCAGAAGCUCCACGUCAACGGAUUCGAGGCGAAUCUUUUAAACAAGAAUAUCAGGGUGGAAGUCGUCGACGUGUCAACAGAAGGCGAGACCCUUCGAUGAACAAAUCAGAUAAUCGGUUCGUAAUUCCUGAUCAAAGCGCAAAGUUUGAGGGUAAACUUGUAUUAGUACUCGAUUUGGAUGAAACACUUGUUUUUGCACGGAGUGGUCCUUUGUUUGCUCGGCCAGGCCUAGAUGAGUUCUUUAAAAUAUGUAAAGAGAAAACAGUAGAGGUCAUUGUGUGGACUGCAGGUUUAAAGGCCUAUGCGCAAGCAAUUGUCGAUAACAUUGACAAAGAAAACGCAGUUGCACAUUGUAUUUAUCGUCAUAAUAAGUGGUUUACAGGACAGCCUGGUUAUCGUAAGGAUCUUUCGGCUCUAAACCGACCUUUGGAUAGAGUACUUAUAAUUGAAAACACACCUGAUUGUAUUCGCGGCUACCAGGAAAAUGGGAUUCUUGUUGAUGACUAUGAGGGUGGUGAAAGGCCUGAUUGUACAGUUUAUGCUUUAACAAAUGUCAUUCAAGAUCUGUGUGAUAGUGGUAUGAGCGUUCCGAAUUUCUUGUCAAAUUGCAAUUUACUUGAGCGUUCUCAAAUCCAAACAGAUAUUGGUGAUUUUAUUAACGUAUACAGGUUGAACGUAAAUCUUUGGGAACCUGGCACACACGUUAGGGUCAAUCGUGAUCUUCUGUGUUGA